CUCCUCUCUCUUUCUUCUUUCUUUCUUUCUUUUACUUUUCUUUUUCUUAAUUCCUUAGCAGCGAAACACAUUACUCUGCCUACUCUCUUUGUAAGAAAAACCCAACCAAAAAGUGUUAAACUUUUCAUCCUAUCAUCACGAGCAAUAUUUCCAUUGCCUCUGAAUAAUUGUUGCACAUUCUUAAAAAAAGCCCAUUUCCCUUGUUUGAGUCUCAGCCAUGGGAAGAAGCGACGGCACAAUUAAUGCCUCCUCCUCUGAUCCUGAUCUCCCUCGUUCUUAUGUUCCUAUUCCCAAUGGACCCAACAACGCCGGAGCUCCGGCGGAGCCUCGCAGACACUUGAGGGAGUUGAUUGUGAUAUUUAGCGGGUUGCUAAUACUUGUUUCGUUUGUAGCCUUUAAUGGGCACAACAGGACAUCAAAUGGACAAGAUGGAGAUUUGUUAUUGUCAACGUUAACAUCCAAUGAAGAAGCGACGUGCAAAACAGUACCUUGGCCAAUAUGGCAACCUGUUUCACGUGGUGUGGAUGCAGGUGUCUCAGAGAAGUCCAAUUUUAGGUUAUUCAAAAGCAGCAAUGCGGCGUCGUUUCCUUGGAAUAACACUAUGCUAUCAUGGCAGAGAACAGCUUACCAUUUCCAGCCAGAGAAGAAUUGGAUGAACGAUCCUAAUGGGCCAAUGUACUACAAGGGAUGGUAUCACUUCUUCUACCAGUACAAUCCGAAUGGUGCAGUUUGGGGUGACAUAGUUUGGGGACACGCUGUGUCAAGGGACUUGACUCACUGGCUUCAUCUUCCAAUGGCGAUGGUGAACGACAAAUGGUAUGAUCAAAACGGUGUGUGGACUGGCUCUGCCACCAUCUUACCCGAUGGUCAAGUAAUCAUGUUAUACACUGGUUCAACCAACGAGUCAAUGCAGGUCCAGAACCUUGCCUAUCCUGCUGACCCAUCUGAUCCACUCCUUAUAGAUUGGAUCAAAUACCCUGGAAACCCUGUCCUUUUCCCACCACCAGCCAUUGAUCCCAGUGAUUUCCGUGACCCCACCACUGCUUGGCUCACCUCUCAAGGUAAGUGGCGCAUCUCCAUUGGAUCUAAGAUUAACCAAACUGGCAUUGCCUUGAUUUAUGACACCGAGGACUUCAAGACCUACGAGCGUGUAGAGGGAAUGCUUCGUGCUGUGCCUGGCACUGGCAUGUGGGAGUGUGUGGACUUCUACCCUGUGUCCAGCAAGGCUCAACAUGGCUUGGAUACUUCCAUUAAUGGUGCUGAUGUGAAGCAUGUGAUGAAGGUUAGCCUGGAUGAAGAUAGAUAUGAUUACUACGCUCUGGGGACUUAUGAUGAAAAGAAUGUUAAGUUCAUACCAGAUGAUUCCAAGAACGAUGUUGGUAUUGGGUUGAAGUAUGACUAUGGUGUAUUUUAUGCAUCCAAGACAUUUUAUGAUCCGGGUAUGGGGAGGAGAGUGUUGUGGGGUUGGAUUGGAGAGUUUGACAGUGAAUAUGCUGAUGUGGCCAAAGGUUGGGCAUCACUUCAGGGUAUCCCAAGGACAGUGAGACUUGAUAACAAAACUGGUACCAACUUACUUCAGUGGCCUGUUAUGGAGACAGAUAGUUUGAGAUUGAAAAGGGACGAAUUUAAAAAUGUGAAGGUGAAGCCAGGGUCGGGGAAGCUACUAGAUAUCGGAACAGCCACACAGUUGGACAUUGUAGCUGAGUUUGAGAUAGAUAAGGAAGCCUUGGAUAAGACAGCUCAGUCCAACGUGGAGUACAAGUGUGACACCAGCGGUGGAGCAGCUCAACGCGGUGCCUUAGGACCUUUUGGUCUUCUGGUUCUGGCAGAUGAUGGCCUUUCUGAAUAUACUCCUGUCUACUUCUAUGUGGUUAAAGGAAGUGAUGGAAAUCUUAAGACUUCCUUCUGCUCUGACCAAUCAAGGUCUUCUCUGGCAACUGAUGUUAUAAAGAAAAUCUUUGGAGGCUUGGUUCCAGUACUCAAAGAUGAAAAGCUGUCUGUAAGGAUAUUGGUGGACCAUUCUGUAGUUGAAAGUUUUGCUCAAGGUGGAAGGACAUGUGUGACAUCCCGCGUUUAUCCAACAAGGGCAAUCUAUGGAGCUGCUAGAUUGUUCUUGUUCAAUAAUGCAACAGGGGCCACUGUGACUGCAUCAGUCAAGGUUUGGCAGAUGAAUUCUGCAUUCAUACGCCCAUUCCACCCUGAUGAGAGGAAUUAAAAUGGAGAGAUAAGAGACUCUCGCCGCUCACAACUACAAAGGAAGAGAUGUUGGAGGUUAUUGAGCAAACCCAACUGCUCCCACAUUUUUGUCUAAAUCUUUUUUUUUUUUUUUUUUUUUUUUGAGUAGGCUUGGUUUGUAAAUUUCUUGUUACAUCUGUCUGCGCCUGUAAUGAUAUUUGUAAUUAAUGAAAGAAAUAUGAUGUUUCUCUGA